GAGCCGCAGGACUUGGAGCCGCAGCCCGCGAGGAGUGCGCUGGCUGCCGUCGGGGGCCCUCCGCGCGCGCCUCCAGCCGACCUGCCUCUGCCCGGCGACGACCGGGGCGGGUGGGCGCGCUGCGCCUCCCGCGUCAGCCCCGCGCCUUCAGACUCCAGCCCCGGAGAGCCGUUCGCCCGGGGCCCUACUUCCCCUCCCGGCACCCCGCGGCCUCUGGAUGGCGCGGCCGCCGGCCCGGCCUCCGACACCGAGAGCUUCAGCCUGAGCCCCAGCGCCGAAAGCGUGUCCGACCGGUUAGACCCCUACAGCAGCGGCGGCGGCGGCGGCUCCUCGUCGUCGGAUGAGUUGGAGGCCGACCCGGCCCCGGCGGGGGCCCCGAGCCAGCUCCGUCGCCUAGGCCGCCCCUCCCCGGGCUCCCCACCUGGGCCACAGCAGAAAGCCCCGAGAGGUGUCGACGGCCCGGGUGGGGUCGCUCGGGAUGGGCCUUGGGGAGAGAAGGCUGCGGUAACCGCGGCCCUGGGUGGCCCCAUGUCCAUCCCCGGGAGGAGCGGGGUGGCUGCGGAGAAAGCGCCUCCACCGCCCCCGCCGCCCACCCUGUACGUGCAGCUCCACGGAGAGACCACCCGGCGCCUGGAGGCGGAUGAGAAGCCGUUGCAGAUCCAAAAUGACUACCUCUUCCAACUGGGAUUUGGGGAGCUGUGGAGGGUGCAGGAGGAAGGCAUGGACUCGGAGAUUGGCUGCCUCAUACGCUUUUAUGCAGGGAAACCUCACAGCAUUGGUAGCUCUGAACGGAUUCAGCUCUCAGGAAUGUAUAAUGUCCGUAAAGGCAAAAUGCAGUUGCCAGUGAACCGAUGGACAAGACGUCAGGUCAUUCUGUGUGGAACCUGCCUAAUAGUGUCAUCAGUAAAAGACAGCUUGACCGGAAAGAUGCAUGUUCUUCCACUAAUUGGUGGAAAGGUAGAAGAAGUGAAAAAGCACCAGCAUUGUUUAGCAUUUAGCUCCUCUGGACCCCAAAGCCAGACUUACUACAUUUGCUUCGAUACCUUCACAGAAUACUUAAGGUGGCUGCGACAAGUCUCCAAGGUUGCAUCACAGCGCAUUAGCUCAGUGGACCUCUCAUGUUGUAGCCUGGAACAUCUGCCUGCCAACCUCUUCUACAGCCAAGACCUCACUCAUCUCAAUUUAAAACAAAACUUCCUAAGGCAAAACCCUAGCCUGCCUGCUGCCAGGGGGCUCAAUGAAUUGCAAAGGUUCACCAAGUUGAAGAGUCUUAACCUUUCCAAUAAUCAUUUAGGGGACUUCCCAUUGGCAGUCUGCAGUAUUCCAACCCUGGCAGAGUUGAAUGUGUCCUGCAAUGCCCUCCGAGCAGUCCCAGCAGCUGUUGGAGCUAUGCACAACUUACAGACAUUUCUGUUGGAUGGAAACUUUCUUCAGUCCCUUCCUGCUGAGUUGGAGAACAUGCAUCAGCUUAGUUAUCUUGGUCUUUCUUUUAAUGAAUUUACUGACAUUCCAGAGGUGUUGGAGAAAUUGACGGCUGUGGAUAAACUUUGUAUGUCUGGGAACUGCAUGGAGACCCUUAGGUUACAGGCUUUAAGAAAAAUGCCUCACAUCAAACAUGUAGAUCUAAGAUUAAACACAAUUAGGAAGCUAAUAGCAGAUGAAGUGGACUUCCUGCAGCAUGUCACUCAGCUUGACCUAAGAGACAAUAAACUUGGUGAUCUAGAUGCUAUGAUUUUCAACAAUAUUGAAGUUUUACACUGUGAAAGGAAUCAACUGGUUACAUUGAACAUCUGUGGCUAUUUCUUAAAGGCACUGUAUGCCUCUUCUAAUGAACUUGUUCAACUUGAUGUUUACCCAGUUCCAAAUUAUCUGUCCUACAUGGAUGUUUCAAGGAACCGCUUAGAAAAUGUGCCAGAGUGGGUAUGUGAAAGCCGAAAACUAGAAGUUUUGGAUAUUAGCCAUAAUGAAAUAUGCGAACUUCCUGCCCGCUUAUUUUGUAAUAGCAGUCUCCGGAAGCUAUUGGCAGGACACAACCAGUUGGCCAGACUACCUGAGAGGCUAGAAAGAACGUCGGUGGAAGUCUUAGACGUGCAACACAACCAGAUCCUUGAGCUACCGCCGAACCUUCUGAUGAAGGCUGACAGCCUGAGAUUCCUGAAUGCAUCUGCAAACAAACUGGAAACCCUUCCGCCAGCUACACUCUGUGAAGAGACAAACAGUAUCUUACAAGAGUUGUAUUUAACAAAUAACAGCCUCACGGACAAAUGUGUGCCCUUACUAACUGGACACCCCCAUCUGAAGAUUCUUCACAUGGCCUAUAACCGACUUCAGAGUUUUCCAGCAAGUAAAAUGGCGAAACUGGAGGAACUUGAAGAAAUUGACAUAAGUGGGAAUAAACUGAAAGCCAUCCCAACAACUAUCAUGAAUUGCAGGCGCAUGCACACUGUAAUUGCUCACUCCAAUUGCAUCGAAGUCUUUCCUGAAGUUAUGCAGCUCCCAGAAAUCAAGUGUGUGGACCUGAGCUGUAAUGAGCUAAGUGAAGUCACCUUACCAGAAAACCUGCCUCCUAAACUGCAAGAACUAGACCUGACUGGAAACCCUCGCCUUGUCCUUGAUCACAAAACCCUGGAGCUCCUGAAUAAUAUCCGCUGUUUCAAGAUUGACCAGCCUUCAGCAGGAGACACAUCUGGAGCACCGGCUGUUUGGAGCCAUGGUUACACUGAAGCUUCGGGGGUGAAAAACAAGUUGUGUGUUGCAGCCCUGUCAGUGAAUAACUUCUGUGACAACCGGGAAGCCCUGUAUGGUGUGUUCGAUGGGGACCGCAACGUGGAGGUGCCCUACCUGCUCCAGUGCACCAUGAGUGACAUUCUGGCUGAAGAGCUGCAAAAAACAAAGAAUGAAGAGGAAUACAUGGUCAAUACGUUCAUUGUGAUGCAAAGGAAACUUGGAACUGCUGGGCAGAAGCUUGGAGGAGCAGCUGUCCUUUGUCACAUCAAGCACGACCCUGUGGACCCAGGAGGCUCCUUCACCUUGACCUCCGCUAAUGUGGGCAAGUGCCAAUCAGUUCUCUGUCGAAAUGGAAAGCCACUGCCUCUGUCCAGAUCUUAUGUCAUGAGCUGUGAAGAAGAACUGAAGAGAAUUAAACAGCACAAGGCCAUUAUCACCGAGGAUGGCAAAGUGAAUGGAGUGACUGAGUCCACGCGCAUCCUGGGCUAUACUUUCCUGCACCCUAGUGUGGUGCCUCGCCCCCACGUGCAGUCCGUGCUCCUGACCCCCCGGGACGAGUUCUUCAUCCUGGGAAGUAAGGGGCUGUGGGACAGCCUGUCCAUUGAGGAGGCCGUGGAGGCGGUGCGUAACGUGCCUGACGCACUGGCUGCCGCCAAGAAGCUGUGCACGCUGGCCCAGAGCUAUGGCUGCCACGACAGCAUCAGCGCCGUGGUGGUGCAGCUCAGUGUCACCGAGGACAGCUUCUGCUGCUGUGAGCUCAGCGCCAGCGGGACCGUGCCUCCACCCAGCCCUGGCAUCUUCCCUCCUUCCGUCAACAUGGUGAUCAAGGAUCGGCCUUCCGAUGGGCUGGGCGUGCCGUCCUCCAGCAGCGGCAUGGCUUCUGAGAUCAGCAGCGAGCUUUCCACCUCAGAGAUGAGCAGUGAGGUCGGGUCCACAGCCUCUGACGAGCCCCCUCCUGGAGCCCUGAAUGAGAGCAGCCCCGCCUGCCCCAGCGAGCAGCGCUGCAUGCUGCACCCGCUCUGUCUGUCCAACUCCUUCCAGCGCCAGCUGUCCAGCGCCACCUUCUCCAGCGCCUUCUCCGACAAUGGCCUUGACAGUGAUGACGAGGAACCCAUCGAGGGCGUCUUCACCAAUGGCAGCCGGGUGGAGGUGGAAGUGGACAUCCACUGCAGCCGGGCCAAGGAGAGGGAGAAACAGCAGCACCUGCUCCAGGUGCCAGCGGAGGCCAGCGACGAGGGCAUUGUCAUCAGCGCCAAUGAGGACGAGCCCGGUCUGCCCAGGAAGGCAGACUUUUCUGCUGUGGGGACCAUUGGGCGCCGGAGGCCUAAUGGCUCUGUCGCACCUCAGGAGAGGAGCCACAAUGUGAUAGAGGUGGCUGCAGAUGCACCUCUCCGAAAGCCAGGAGGCUAUUUUGCUGCCCCAGCUCAGCCGGAUCCUGACGAUCAGUUUAUCAUCCCUCCAGAGCUGGAAGAGGAAGUGAAAGAAAUCAUGAAACAUCACCAGGAGCAGCAGCAGCCACAGCCCCAGUUACAGCCGCCACCACAGCGGCACUACCAGGUGGACCAGCUGCCAGACUGUUACGACACACCACUAUGACCGGACUGGGCGCUAUUUCCAAAAUAAACUAACCAAGAAAGACUAUGUUGCAAGAGUCUCCCAGGCUCACAUUAAACCAGGGGUUUUACUCCACAUCCUUAUCCCUGACACUGUCCCCAGCCCGUCUUUGCAGCUAAUCUGUAGGUUCUCCUUCUGUUGGUUAUUUUUUUAAAUACCACUUUUCUUCCUAGUGAUGUUUUAUCAAUAUGAUUUAAAUUUGUUAACUUUUCCCCCUAACAUAUCAGAUAUGUAAAAACAAAGAAGAAAAGGUUUAAUAUAUUACAGAGAAACAGUUAAUGAUAAUGUAAUAUUUUUUAAAAUGGCUUUUUGUUUGGAAGACAGGG